GUAAAAGACAGGAUAUCAAGGAAAACUCAGACACAAUGAAGUCUUCUUUGCUGCGGGACUCAGUAAAGAAAGCAUUUGAAUUCCAAAAGACCGUUCAUGAGGAUCCAAUUCGGGCACAGCAGUUAAUGGAAGAAAGAAAACAACUACUGGACCAAGCGUCAGCUCUGGCUGAUGAGGACGACGUCCAUGCAACAGUUUCCCUAAAGUCACAUCUUGAUCGGUACAAGCGAGAUCAGCGGCUGUUGGAUACUGUUUUACGUUCACAAACAACUGCUCAAUCAGAAAGUCUGCAAAAUGGUCAAGACCAGCAAUUGCUGAUGGAAAUGAGAGAAGCGAGUUCGUUGGAGAAUUCACUCAGGGGAACUAGUGAGCUGUUGGAACGUGCUUAUUACACUCGCGAAGAUUUAGAUGCUCAGAAUUCCAUACUGGGAUCUGUUAGUUCGAGAAUUAGUCAUCUAGGGGAAACAUUCCCCUUUCUUAAUCGCAUUCUUCGAAAGGCUUCCGUUCGUCGUCGACGGGACUCGAUCAUUCUCGCUAUCGUCAUCUCAUUCUUCGUCUUGUUAUUCUAUUUCUUCCAUUAAGGAUGUUAUCAGAACAUGAACUGGGUCCAUAGAUAUGCAAACACAAAUCGUAACGAACAUGAACAGACACGAAUGAGCCAAGCCGGAACACAUUCAUUCAGCUGCUACUCUUUUAGUUUAUUAUACAAAUCCGAUCAUCUCUAGUCGAUAUGAAUGAAAGAACGACUGUAGAAAGCAUGUAAAACCAGACAGGUCUCAUGAA